AUCAAAAGUGUUUUUUGCGCAUUCGUUGUCUACGUUCUUUGAGAUCGCUUUAUAUUUCUUCCGACCUUGGACUGCCGCCAUAAUACCUACACCUCCAUUAUAAACCCUUUGCAAUUAACAACCUUGCACAAAAUGGCCGGAGACGCCCCGCGCAAGUGCGCCGGCACAGACUGCGAGAACGACGCUGGCUCGCUGCAAUGCCCGAACUGCCAGAAGCUGGGCAAGGAAAGCUACUUCUGUUCGCAAGACUGCUUCAAGCGCAACUGGGCCGAGCAUAAGAAACUGCACAAGUCGCAGAACGGUAUUCUCUCCAACAUCUUCACGCCCAAAGUAGUUUCUAAACCGGAUCCAGCGACCGGGCACUUCAACCCAUUCCCAACGUUCCCUUACACCGGCACUCUGCGACCCGUGUACCCACUGUCACCGAAGCGCGAAGUGAAGAAGGGCAUUAAGCUCCCAGAUUACUCGAAGGACGGCAUACCCCGUUCGGAACAGGUCUUUGUGAACAGGAACAAGAUCGCCAUUCUUACAAAGGAGGAGCAAGAUGGUAUGCGCAAGGUGUGCCGACUGGCGCGUGAGGUUCUGGACAUUGCGGCAGCGGCGGCGAAGCCUGGUGUAACGACCGACUACAUUGACGAGAUUGUCCACAAUGCUUGCAUGGAGCGCGACUCGUACCCUUCACCGCUCAACUACUGCCACUUCCCGAAGUCAGUAUGCACAUCAGUCAACGAGGUCAUCUGCCACGGUAUCCCCGACCAGCGAGUCCUCAAGGAUGGCGACAUCCUUAACAUCGACGUAACUCUAUACCACGGCGGCUUCCACGGCGAUCUGAACGAGACAUACUACAUUGGCGACAAGGCGUUGGCGAACCCAGAUGCAGUACGCGUUACGGAGACUGCACGUGAGUGCUUGGACCAGGCCAUCGAGCUUGUCAAGCCAGGCACACUCUUCCGCGAGUACGGCAAUGUCAUCGAGAAGCACGCCAAGAGCCAGAACUGCGGUGUUAUUAGGACAUAUUGUGGCCACGGUAUUAACCAGCUCUUCCACUGCGCCCCCAACGUUCCCCACUACGCAAAGAACAAGGCUAUCGGACAAGCGAAGCCUGGCAUGUGCUUCACUAUCGAGCCCAUGAUUAGUAUUGGAUCUUACAGGGACAAGACAUGGCCGGACGACUGGACUAGCACCACUCAGGACGGUUCUUUGACUGCUCAGUUCGAACACACUCUGCUUGUCACUGAGGAUGGUGUCGAGGUCCUGACUGCGAGGUUCCCCAACUCGCCUGGUGGCCCAGUCCCAAGGGUGACUCCAGCGAACGGUGAGGCGACUGCAGCGGCAUGAUCAUGUUAGGAGCCACCUGCAUGACAGAAUAAGUUAUAUCCAGCGAUUUCAAGCGUCAUUUGGCAGAUGCCGGUGUAAGGACACCGUGGCUUCGUGGAUAGCUACUGGAAGGAUUGGAGGGCGGCAAGGCGGACAAGCCGGGGUUAGUGAGGGUCAACCAGUGACAGGAGGGUAGGAGGGUAGGAGUGCCUUAGCCCACGAGUUUGAUGACUCUGCUUCGAGCAAGAGAAGAGAGCUGGAUACAUCGAAGGCUGGAGGUGGUCUUGCGGUAUCAUGCAGACCUGUUUAGGACAAUAC